GAGCCGACGACGUCAUGGCGGGAGUUUUGGUGGGCUCGGUGUCAGAACGCGCACUUACUCGCUCGGUGGCCCAUAGACUAAAAUAUUACAUUGAUGUGCAAAGAAGAGAAGAUUCCUUUGAUUCUUCUGGAGUCAUCCAUGAUGAGGCUGAAAGAUUGCACUUGCAGCCGGCAUGUCUGACAAACCAGAGGGAUAAGAAGGAGCAUGAUUUUGCCAAAAUUAAAUUAGAAGCAUAUCUUCGUGCUUAUGUGGGCAAUGCUGAAGACUGUGCCAGAAAAGUUCAGAAAAGCCCAGAAAAGCAAAAGAAUCUGGAAAAGUCUAUUAAAAAGAUGGCACAAGAUUAUGUACCUGACAGAAAGCAUGAGCACAAAGUGAAAGGUAUGAAGAGGCAAAAGACCACGCAGAGUGCCUCUCUCCGCCUACAGAUACUUGCUGUUCCAUUUAUGUCACUGGAAGAACUACAGAGACUGGUUUCGUCUGCUUCCAAAUUAAUAGUAGCUGCUACUUCUCAAAUCUCUCCAGAACUGGCAGCAACUGAAGUAGGUGACUCAGCACCAAAGAGAAGCAAGGCAAAAAGCAUCCAGACUUCGAAUAACGGCAGCAAGCAAUGUCUUUGCUCCACAUAUCCUUGCACGGAUGAAGCAAGGAGGUCCAAACAAAAAAGAAAAAAUGCAGAGAACAUAAAGAGAAAAAUUGACAUUUCAAACAUUUCCAGUAAUUCUGCUAAAUUUUCCCCUCAAACUCUCCCUAAACCAACUAGUAGAAGCUCAGCAAAUGCUUCAUAUUUGCAAAUUAAAGGAGGCAAAGAAGUUAAGAAAGGGAUCCUUAAAAGCAAAAUGUCUCCCUCUUGCACUUCUUUAGCAAUUUCUGAACCUCAAGAUAAGCAGCCAAACGUUGGCCAGAACAGUUUCUCACCUUCUUGGCAAAAUGCAGAGAAUUCUUAUAGGUCCUUGAAAAUUGAAUGGGAGAAGUCAUCAUCUCUCAGACCUGCCGAAAUAGUUUCAAGUGAGAGUAGUCGGUCUAGCAAAUGUCUAGACACAAGGCCGAUUGGGAACUUCAGAAAUAACCAAACGACAGAAGCAAACAACGCUAAACAAAAAACAGCUGUUUCUAGUAGGUCCAUUGAACUUAAUGGACAAGGCACUCAAAUGCAUGAUGGAGGUCAUCUGCAAAGCAAGCUAGCAGAAGAGCUUCCAAGACAUGAGCAGAACACCCAUGAUGUUGUUUCAAAAAGAUCUCCUGAAAGCCAUCGGAUCUGCUUUCAAGGUUUUGUUAGUGGCAUUGACGAUUGGGAACAUCAUUUAAGAGACGAUGAUGCAAGUCAGGCACCUGCUACAGUGAUUACACCUACAAGGGUUACGGCAUCUGGUGAAGAAGACCGUCACAGCAGCGACAGUGCAGCCAUGGCCAAACAUGGGUCAUCUUUUCUGUACAAAGUUUGCCAGCAAAUGGAGCAAGACUCGCCCUCCAAGUUAAUGACAAACAGUCCCAAGACCAUAGAUGGAAACGUGGUAAAUCAAACUGGGCACUGUCUUUUAAACCCACUCUUCUCACCGAAUGACUUAGAAGACCAAAACACAGCUGAGGAUUUCACCAGUUGCUUGGACAUUAAUCUGGGAAUGCCCUGUGACUCACAAGACAGCUCCGUUCCACUAGUAACCUCGGGUCAUGGCAGAUGUUCAGAGCCACUGAUCGACUAUGCGCAUGAAGCUGCUCAAGAGGAAGUCCCAGCAGGAUCUCCUGUUGCAGCCACAGCGAUUUCAGAAAUAUUGGGAAGUGAACAGUCAGAAGAGGAAUUCUCUGUGUCAUCUGCCUCUAGCAGCUUGAGUCCCACAUCAUUAAUUAGCCUACACGAGCAGAUGAAUGGAAAUGCUAUGGAUAAAAAUGCUGAUUUCCCUAUCAAAGCCAUUCCUGAACAACGUCUAAAGCCAGAAAAUCUGAUGCCAAAAAAUCAAACCACAUGGCAAAAAGCAGGUGGUCAUGACAAUGAAAGGCAAAGGUCUUCUGGGGAGAAGAGAAGAGCCAUGGCUUAUGAAAAUUCGGGUAUCAGUGCUAGUCAAAUAGUUUAUUUUUCUCAAUUCCCCAAACCUUUUUAAUUCAAAGGGCAAAACUUGAAACAUAUAGAAAAUUUAAUAAUAGGGCCAAUAAACAUAUGGUUCAUGUAUUUUCCUCUGGGGAUUAAUGGCAUGGGAACUCUUAAGUAAGCACUCAGCUUGCAUUAAGUUAAUCCAGUAUUUGCUGUGUUCACAGAUCAACAAGUGGUAUGAUUUUAAAAUGCAUUUUUCCUGAUUUUUCUCUUAACAUUUCAAUGAAGUAUGUGUAAUGUUAUCAGAUUAUGCUCACUACAAAAAUAAAGAGCACACGUGCUAUGCUGAUUGAUAGCAGAGAUUGUGAUACAGAUUUCUGAUUUUGCUUUUUUUCUUGGGUAUAAUCUUAUAAAGAAUGAAAGACAGGGAAGAACUAACCUAAACAA